GAUGAAGUGGCACAGGCACACCUCCCAAUCCAGUUCACACUGGAUUGGGAGGUGUGGGUGACUGGAGGCAGCUGUAUUUUGAUGGCUAAAAAAAGGAAGCAAUAGUCAACAGCACUGAAAACCAUUGAGUUGGGUCUGACCUGAUGAUUCUUCUAACAUCCCACUCCACUAAAUUCAACAACAUGUCAAUGAGUUUUGUAUUGUGCCAGACUAAAUAAAUGGGGGUACAAUAGUAGGUGUUAGUAUGUGAAUGUUACCCUCGUGAUGGUUGUACUCAUUCAGCAAUAGUGCUUGGGACAUUCCAGAUAACUUUAACAAGGUCAUGAAUUCUGGGAUGUCUAAUAUUGGCAGGGCGUACAUGGUAAAUGGCAGAUACUGUAGAAGCAAUUAUAUACAGAGAUAUCUUCAGGGAUGCAUGUUUAAAGCUCCGUGAAAGUGGCAGUAUAGGUAGAUCCGUUUAGGUUUAUUAUUGUCACAUGUACUGAGGUACAGUGAAAAGCUUUGGUUUGCAUGCUAUCCAAACAGAUCACAUAUACCAUACAUAAAUACAAUCAAGUCAAAGUCAUGUAGAGUAGAUGAAGCAAAGGAGAAGAUGAAGAAUGCAGAAUAUAGAGUAAUUCUCAGCAUUGUUAGCACAUCCGUUCAAUGGACAAAGUGCAAUGUCCACAGUGCUGAAGAGCUGAACCAGACAGGGCCCUCGCUUAUGAAAGAACCAUUCAAAAGACUAAUAACAGAGCUGAUGAGUCUGGUGGGGUGCACUUUCAAGCUCUGGAAUGAUUGAGGUGGGACACGUCUUUGAUUAUGUUGACUGUUUUUCUGAGGCAGUGUAAAGUGUAGCUGGAGUCAAUGGUGGGAAGUCAGGUCUGUGUGAUGGGUUGGGCUAAAUCUACAAUUCCCUGCAAUUUCUUGUGGUCUUAUGCAGAGCUAUUCCCAAGCCGAGCUGUGAUGCAACCCGACCAUACGCUUUCUCCGGUGCAUCUAUAACAGAUUGGAAGAGUGACUGAAGACAUGCAGAAUUUUCUCAGUCUCUCCAGGAGGUAGAUGUAGAUAGGGUAAUGAAGCUGUCAUUUAGCUUGCUUGCCUUCAUCCAAUCACCGUGUUUUAAAAUGAUUUGAAUAGGUAUAUUUAUAGGAAAGGGAUAGUGGGAUAGAGGCCAAAUUGUGGGAAAUGUGUUGCUGGAUAUCUCGGUGGGCAUGGAUGAGAGACUGGAGGGCCUGUUUCCGUGCUAACGAGUCUAUAAUUAUAUGACCACAAUUAAUCUUUUAAAUUUAUCUAAAGCAUUCCACAGAUAGUUGUGAAAGAUCAAAUUUUGUGUGGUAACUACUCUUUCAACAGCAAUAGUCAGAUGUUGUGGAUUCCUGGUUGUGUGCCAGAUGGAAAGCAGUGACAAUGGAUAUGUCAAAUUCGAUCACAAGCUCCAUUGUGGAAAUAUUCAACCGUUUAGUUCAGAGUGGUCUCUGAGUUGCUGCAGGUUUUGCCCAGUGACACAUAGUCAGUGAAGGCAUUUUUCCGCCAUCUAUCAGUGUGUAGAAAACCUUAAGAGGUGAAAAGUGCAUUUAUUAAGAGUUUAUUAUACUGGUAUAAUUGUGCACACUUAGAACAACUGUGGUGCAACACUAGAUCUACAUUAAUGCAAGAUUGUAUUUUUUGUCAAAAUGAAUGAAAUCAAAGUACUUGAAUUCAACCUCUGAUCUUUUUAAUUUGUUCAGACUAUUCAUACUAUUAUCUCAUAAUGCUUUGUUUUACUAACAUUUCACCCCCAAUUAGAUAUUGAAAAGAAAUCUUUAAGCUCCGAAGAAAGCUCAUCCCAGGAGGAUAUAACAAAUUUAUCUUGUUCAGCAGAAGAAACAUCAGCAUCAACAGGAACCACAACACAACAAAGUCCUACGGUUCAAUAUGCUACUUUUACAACCAAGAUGCCGCCAACAGUGACAGGAACCACAACACAAAAAACUACUACGGUUCAAUAUACUACUUCUACCCCUUUUACAACCGAGUCGUCGCCAACAGUGACAGAACCAAGAACAACAGCUGCCACUGCAUCGACUAUAUGUUUUUGUCCAGAUUCAACAAUAUCUGCAACCACAGAAGGAAGUACGUCCACAGACCAAAGUACAAAGAUGACCUCUUAUGCAACAGAAUCAACAUCAACAGAGACAGAUCCAAGCACAAAAACUGCCACUGCAUCGACUUCAUCCGCCACCAGCAGCGAAACAACAGAUUCAACAAUUUCUGCAACCACAGAAGAAAGCACGUCCACAGACCAAAGUACAACGAUGACCUCUUAUACAAAAGAAUCAACAUCGACAGAGACAGAUCCGACAAUUUCUGCAACCACAGCGAUGACCUCUUAUACAACAGAAUCAACAUCAACAGAAACAGAACCAAGCACAACAACUGCCACUGCAUCGACUACGUCCGCCACCAGCAGCGAAACAACAGAUUCGUCAAUAUCUACAUCCACAGAAGAAAGCACAUCCACAGACCAAAGUACAAUGAUGACCACUUAUACAACAGAAUCAACAUCAACUGAGACAGAUCCGACAAUUUCUGCAACCACAGACCAAAGUACAACGAUGACCUCUUAUACAACAGAAUCAACAUCAACAGAGACAGAACCAAGCACAACAACUGCCACUGCAUCGACUACGUCCGCCACCAGCAGCAAAACAACAGAAAAAAGCACAUCCACAGACCAAAGUACAAUGAUGACCUCUUAUACAACAGAAUCAACAUCAACAGAGACAGAUUCGACAAUUUCUGCAACCACAGACCAAAGUACAACGAUGACCUCUUAUACAACAGAAUCAACAUCAACAGAGACAGGUACCAUAUACAGUAUAACAACUUGUACUCCAAAUCUGGGCAAAUGAUCAAGCUUGUCUUGUCAACCUUCCUUAGACUCAGACAGCAAUUAUGUCACACAGAAUGGAAAUAGUCUCUAUGGCCCAAUAUAUCCAAGACACGGAUGAUCAGCCAUUGAAUCUAGCUCUAUUCGACAAUGGCAGUUCCAUAUCACUCUGAUUUAUUUCACAUGUUUAAUUUUCACUGCAGCUCAUUACAUACUUUAGGCAACAAAAGAGUGUUUAAUUCACUUUUAAUUUCCAUUAAUGCCACAUCUUUAUAUCAUUCUCAAAAACAAGCACAACAACUGCCACUGCAUCGACAACAUCCGCCACCAGCAGCGAAACAACAGGUACGAGGAUAAUGCAGCACCAGGACUCACUGA